AGAACCUUUUUCCGGUUUUUUACUAUGUAUGUAUCCCCACCACGUAUUGUAUGGUGUAAUUUUCUUAUAAAAGCAUACGGUAUACAUUUCGCUUGGCAUUAAGUGUGUUGAGGAUCAUAGGGAGAAGAAAAGGAAUCGCUUUUUAAACAGAAGAAUUUUUGAUCACGCUGACGAUUUCUUGCUGUUAUUUAUUUAUUUGUUUUGUUUUAUUUCUUGUAUUUUAGAAGAGGAGCUGUCGAUUGUUAAUUUCCUUACGUAAGUCACAUUAUUCAUUGGAAUAUUUUUUUUUCUAUACCUUGAUAUUAUCUUUAGAUAAUUAGUGCAUAAACAACAACGGGUAUUUAAUUAGUUAUAAAUUCUUAGCUCACAUUCUAAUUACACAUGAGAUACUUCUUUAAAACGCAUUUUUGUACUAAUUCAUUAAUAAUUAUCGAUUAUAAUAAUAAUGAUGAAUAAUAAUGAUUGAUUACUAUUAUUAAAAUAAUUAUCGAUUAUUCAUUUAUUCACAAAUAUAUAAAUUCAUUAUAAAACAUUGUUCGAGAGUAAGAAGGAUGCUAUAUGAGAUACUUUCGUGGAAGAGAGUUGUAGAUAUGGAAUCUUGGCCUUGCUCAAAAUAUAAUUGUAUAACAGUGAUAAUGAUGAUAUUGAUAACAUGAUAAAAAGAAUGAUAAUGAAAAUAAUGAUAAUAAUAAUAAUAAUAAUAAUAAUAAUAAUAAUAAUAAUGAUAAUAAUAACAACAACAACAACAACAUUAACGAGGAGUAAAUAAAGUAAAUUAUAUUUAAUAAUUGAUCUCAUGAAUAAAAUGCUUAUGAUUACUAAAUACAGGGUAAGAGAUACAGUAAGGGACAUUAAAAUAACAGAAAAAAUGAAUAUAAACAUUCAAUCUAUGCUUCAAUUAAUUAUGUUUGGGAUUAUUGAAAUUAUCAAAAGUAUUGUGAAAUUAUUUAUCCCGUUGAAAAAUCAAAUGAAGAACAUUUCUGGCGAGAUUGCUCUCGUCACUGGUGCUGCUGGAGGUCUUGGAAGAGCAUUGGCUCUUAAUUUAGUUAAUCAUGGUGCGAUUGUUGUCAUUUGGGAUAUCAAUCAAAAAGGUAUCGACGAAACGGUGAAAUUAAUAAAAGCUGCGGGUGGUACUUGUUACGGAUAUAUUUGCGAUGUUCGUAAUCGCGAGGAUAUUUAUAAAACGGCUAAACUAGUUCAAGCGGAAGUUGGUCAGAUAAAUAUCUUGAUUAAUAAUGCAGGAGUGAUAAAUAUUGGGAUUUUCUGGAAGACUUCGGAUGAUCUUCUUAGUCGUGUAAUGGAAGUAAAUAUCAUGAGUCAAAUGUGGACAGUGAAAGCAUUCCUUCCUGCGAUGAUUAAGAGCAAUAAAGGUCAUAUUGUGAACAUAUCGAGUUUAGGUGGUCUCAUGGGUUGUCCAGUAAUCGUAGAUUAUUGUUCGUCUAAGUAUGCAGUUGUUGGAUUCAGUGAAGCAUUACAAAUGGAGUUAGACUUCCACGGAUAUAACAUUUGUACUACAGUAGUAUGUCCAGUUUUCAUUCACAGUACGGGCAUUCCUGCAGCUAAAUAUUCUGGGAUUUUGCCGACUCUGAGUCCGCAAGAAGUUGCAGAGAGAACUAUAACUUCUCUUCGGUGUAACACAGAGCUUGUUUUGUUGCCAAGUUACAUGCAGUUUCCAUUAUUUUUUAAAAGACUAUUGCCCCGUUAUUUCUUCUUUUGGGUAUUUCGAAUGUUAUUUAAGCACGAUCCAAGUGAAUUUGAACCAAUAGAAAGUUGUGGGUAACGUGAAUAGUCAACUAAACGUUUAUUUAGAGAUAGAAAAGAGAAGAUUCAAAUAAACUUCAUUUUACAUAA